GAUCGUAAUCCCGCCAGCUGAUUGCACGAAGGCAAACCAGGAAGAUGAUAUUUUCGGCAGCGGAAAGUGCAAACUUCUUAAACUGCACUGCCAGUUGUUAUUUCUAAAGGUGAUACUUAACUCACUAGACAACCUGUAGCCAUUACACAGAAUAAAACUAGCAAUUUUUGGCUGAAUAUGGAUAACAACAGCAACAUCAGCAGCACCUUGCCAUCAACCACAGUAUCUCCAUCUGCUGGCAAUGACCAGGGUGGAUUAGUGUUUGUUGUCCUGUCUUGUUUGUGUGCCAGCCUGUGGGUUAUCUACAUCACUUUCUAUCAUUCCCGUGUAUUGGGCUACAUUCUUACACGACUGAUCAAUUUCAAGUACAUUGAAAAUGGACAAUACUUCAAGAUUGGCUCCUUUUCCUUCUCCAUAUUAUCUGGAAAGAUCAUGUUUAGGGAUGUUGUCUAUGUGACUCAAGAUCUCAGUUUCAGGGUUAUUGAUGGCAUAGCAAUCUUCAAGUAUUGGAUGCCCUAUAAACCAGCAUUGUCGCAGAAGCCUUACCAACCUGUACCAUCAGAUAUAGGUUUGUAUAGCAGAUCUAGAUCAUGUGUUUCUGUAGUACGUUUCUAAGCGAUUAAAACUACUGCAAUAACAUGGCAUUGUAGCUCAGGGACUUAUUUCUUACAUGUAAGCUUUUUUAAUUACCAACUGGAAGAUUUAUUUGUUGUUAUAAUUUGCUGGUACAGAAUUUUCCUAGAUAGUUCCAAAUUUAUACACAGUGCUGAAAUCACAGAAGUCAAAAUGAUUAAAAUUUCAACAAAGAUUUCCCCUUAACUCUAUAAAUUCUACCCUAAAUUCUCUUGGGAGACCAAGUUGGAGUCACACUUAAGUAUCAAUAGAAUACAAGGAAUCCCCGUUAUUUUGUAAUUCUUCCCUCACAUGAAGUCAUAAAUUUAUUAAUAAAUAACCCAAAAUAAAUCAGAGAAGUUGGGAGCUGAGAGGCAGGCCACCUUAAUGGUUACAUGUACAUGUAAGUGCACUCCAGACUCUGCAUUGGGCAUUCCAGGCUUGAGCCAUGGUUGGAGUGUUGUGAUGUUGCAAGACACUUUACUCUCACUGUGUUGCUCUUCACACAGGCAGGACUGCAUAUAACAGUCGGUCAUCGGACAUUGGCCGACCAAAAUUUGCUCUUGUCCAACGAAAUCCCAACUGUUUUUGUUGUAAAUCAUUUUGCAGUAAGGAUGAAUAAAAAUCUACCUUGAGUGAAUCUGAUGUUCAACCACAAUUUGUUUUGUCUGACCAAGAUGGUGUCUUAGUAGGACAUAUGUCUUUUCAAGAGAAAAAAAUUAUUUACAGCCCUGUACAGGUGUAUUUAGGACUAGCAUCCUAUCUGGGGAUUAUGGGAGGGGGAAGUACAUGUAGUCUUACCCCUUGUCAAGUGCUGCAUACACUUAGGAAACCAUGGAUAAACUCUGGCCUGAUGGGCCACUAGGCUCCAAUGCAGACUUAUACAUGUAUUUACCUUUACCAACUUUUAUAUGCUGUGCUUCAUCAUGUACACUGUAUUUCCUUUAUGCUGUAAUCAGGAAA